UCACAUUCCCCACCCGCUGAGGCACCCAAUCCAAACUUCAAACUACAACCCCCCAAGAAGAACACAUGGAUCAGAAACGCGGGAAACUAAAGCAACAAUGGCUGCCUCAGCUGCGAUCUCUGCUCCCUCUCAGCUCCUCUGCAGCAGAGCUUCGACCCGUAUCUCACCCUUUCCGCAUUUGGUCCUCUCGCUUUUGCCCGGGAGGGCCUGCUCACACCAUGUGCGCUCUUCUCCAGCUUCAAAUAUACGAUGCGCUGCAGUGGACGCCACAGCGUCGCAAGUGGAGACGGUGGCAACCAAGAAGAAGAGCAGCUUUGCAGUGCAGACGCUGACAACAUGGCUGCUGAAGCAGGAACAAGCAGGCAACAUCGACACAGAGCUGACCAUCGUCCUUUCGAGCAUCUCCGUGGCGUGCAAGCAGAUUGCCUCCCUAGUCCAACGGGCCAGCAUCGCCAAUCUCACAGGCGUCCAGGGCGCCGUCAACGUCCAAGGCGAAGACCAGAAGAAACUUGAUGUCAUCUCUAACGAAGUGUUCUCAAAUUGUCUGACAUCAAGCGGGCGUACAGGAAUCAUAGCCUCAGAAGAGGAGGACGUGCCGGUGGCCGUAGAAGAGAGCUACUCCGGCAAUUACAUCGUGGUGUUCGACCCCCUCGACGGCUCCUCCAACAUCGACGCGGCCGUCUCCACUGGCUCCAUCUUUGGCAUCUACAGUCCCAAUGAUGAGUGCCUUGCUGACACCGGUGACGAUGCCACACUCGAUCAGACGGAGCAGAGGUGCGUGGUCACCGUGUGCCAGCCUGGAAGCAACCUACUUGCCGCAGGAUACUGCAUGUACUCCAGCUCAGUGAUCUUCGUGCUUACAGUGGGGGAGGGCGUGUUCGUGUUCACGCUGGACCCCAUGUAUGGCGAGUUUGUGCUGACCCAGGAAGAGGUGAAGAUACCGCGAGCAGGCAAGAUAUACGCGUUCAACGAAGGAAACUACCAGCUGUGGGAAGACAAGUUGAAGCAGUACAUGGACAUCCUCAAGGACCCUGGGCCAUCAGGGAAGCCCUACUCGGCCCGGUACAUCGGCAGCCUCGUCGGGGACUUCCACCGGACUUUGCUGUACGGUGGCAUAUAUGGAUAUCCCCGCGAUAAGAAGAACAAGAAUGGGAAGCUCAGGCUGCUUUACGAGUGCGCUCCGAUGAGUUUCAUUGUGGAGCAGGCUGGCGGGAAGGGAUCGGACGGCCACCAAAGGAUUCUCGACAUCAAGCCUGAAGAGAUCCAUCAAAGAGUUCCACUAUUCAUCGGAAGCGUUGAAGAAGUCGAGAAGUUGGAGAAGUUCUUGGCAUGAUCCUUUUGUACGGAAGGCCGGUUAGCCUCACAUAGGACUAUAUUUUGGAAGCCUUCCGCACACUCCAAAAUUUUAAGAAACUCCUAUGCCCAUCUUUAUUUAUUGUUUCACAUGCAGCAGAUGUAUUUUUUAUACGUAGUUUCCAUCGUAUCUAUUGUUACAGAUAGAAUUUGAUGAGGAUACCACUGCCAGUAUUCUGGGCAUUCAUUCAUCUGGCAUCAAAUUUUAAACCUAUGAAAAUGAAUGGAAAAAUAAAAUGCUUCAUGAUUGGCCCUAUUAA